AGAGCAGGCCGUUAACUGUCCACACGCAGCAGACGACAGGUGUGCUCGAAUCACGUCUACCGUAGCAGACGACACAGGUGGAGUGACUCCAUUCGAAGUACGCAGAUGAGUGCAAUUCACCGGAAUAUUACAACUGUUUGCUUCCGUACACGAUACUACAGCCUGGGCAGAGAGCACCCGUAUUCACACACUAGAAGCAGACGACAUGUCAAGCGGUCAAGCGAGGAUGAACUUUUUGGUGCAGGAUUGAGUGCGUUAUAGUAAUAAUGGAGAUGGGAGUUGGGAAAUCCCCCAGGGCAAGUAACACGGACGGGAUUGUUUGAGUAGAGGUGCGGAUGAGAGGAGGAAUACUGCUGGAUUCGUCGGAGCCACACUGGUGUUCCGUGCACAGAGGUUAAGUUGGAACACUUAGUGGUGUUGGUUAUAUCGCCUGGUUUGUGCUUUUAUCGUCUCUGUCCACAUGGCAUUUAAAUUUCGUUUGUAUUUUUGAACUCUCUUCAUUGAAGACCAGGACUUGUUGAUUCAAGAGAAGGAUUUUAUACAGUUUUGUGAGGAAACACGGUGUUUACCUUUCGAACAGGAACAAGUUUUAACGCGAGUUUUGUUGAAAGUGAAUGUAUUUCUUUACGACGGGUGGAUACCGUGGGAAGACGAAAGGAUUUGGAAGAAGGAUAAUUCAUACGUUGAAAUAGUGCUUUGAUAUCUCAUCUGUUGUUAUGGUUUCGGAAUUUUCUAAAUCAGCUUUUACCUGUGUGUAGGGAUGGGGUCCUGCGACAGAGGCACAACGAGUAUACAUGGCGAUUUGUUACAUGUUUGUGUUCCACAGCCCAAAUAACAUUGUACUAUUGUCGGUGAAAAGACCGCUAUUUGUCAAAGGCUAAUCGGACUUUAUCUCUUGAGAAAUUAUACUCGGAUACAUGUGAUAUGAUUGCAUCUGUGGUUACAAAGGAAAAUGUGUAAUUACCAUGUAGUGAUUACAAAGUAUUCUGUGUCUAUAUAUUAAAGAAGGCCCAGGAUUUCCUGUUGCUCAGCUCGUCUUAAUGCUGUAUCAUUGGAGAAGAGUACGUCAGUACGAGAAAGACAGAACAGGCGACCAAUCAGUAUCCUUAGAAUACCAGCUCAUUUGCAGCCUCGUUGGAAAUGUGCGGUUUUAAAAUGAUGAGGUAUAUCUAAAACUUUUGAAACUUUGGGAACCGAGUCAUAACUCACAAGCAGUUGGCUCGGCCAAUCAGUGUUCAUCUCUGGCAGAUGUUAUCCGAUAUAUGACGACAUAUGAGGGAGACAGUUUCAAAGGAAACCUGAAGGAUCUCCAAAAAGUGUUACCGUAGCAGACGACACUUGUGACAAUGUCGGACAGAUUCGGUUGGCACGACUACUUGGUGCUGACUUUGAUGUUGGUGGUGUCGGCGUCGAUAGGGCUGUAUCAUGGCUGCCGAGGAGGGGGACAAAAGACAACGGACGAGUACCUGUUGGGGGGACGGGACAUGAAGUUCCUUCCGGUCGCCUUCUCUGUCCUGGCCAGUUUCCUGUCCGCCAUCACGGUGCUGGCAGUUCCUGUGGAAAUUUAUUUGUUUGGUGCUGCUUUCUGGGUGAACGCUCUGUCGUACUUCAUAUCUGUCCCCAUCACAGCGCAUGUGUUCAUCCCACUCUUCCACAGACUCAAGCUCAGGAGCGUUUACGAGUACUUAGAACUCAGGUUCAACUACAGUGUUAGGGUCUUAGGAUGCUUGGUGUUCACAUUGCAGAUGAUGGUGUACAUGGCUGUUGUGUUCUACGCCCCUGCUCUCGUGUUCAGUCAAGUGAGCGGUAUGUCCAUGCUUGUGUCUAUAUUGGCGAUCGGUGGCGUCUGCACGAUAUAUACCACACUGGGAGGUUUGAAAGCAGUCGUGUGGACAGAUGUUUUCCAGAUCAUUAUCGUCAUAUCCGGUAUCCUCGCUCUGAUCAUCAAGGGAACAAUAGAAGUAGGCGGGGCAAGAGCCGUCUGGCAGAAAGCUUCGGAAGGCGGAAGAUUGGAAAAUGUAUUUGAUUUUGAUCCCGAUCCCUUGAAGCGUCACACGUUCUGGUCUCUGGUGUUCGGAGGUUCCGUUACGACACUCAGCGUCUACGCCAUCAACCAGGCCCUCGUUCAGCGCUACCUCGCCGUGAAGAAACUCAGGCAUGCCCAAGGCACCAUCUACUUCAACCUGCCCUCCAACAUCAUCGCGACGACGUUGAUGACUGCGGUGGGACUAGUGACGUAUGCCAAGUACAAGGACUGCGACCCGUACAAGUCCGGCAAGAUGACCAAGUUUGACCAGCUGGUGCCGAUCCUGGUGAUGGAGACCCUGGGGAUGGUGCCCGGUCUGGCUGGACUCUUCAUCUCGUGUGUGUUCAGCGCUGCUCUCAGUACAGUGUCGUCUGGCGUGAACGCCCUGGCCUUGGUCCAUCUUGAGGACAUCGUCAAGCCGAUGUACAAGAUCAUGACAGGGAGCGCCAUGAGAGAGAAGCUCGGGACAGUCAUCUCCAAGCUGUUGACACUGCUUUUUGGACUGUUGACGGUGGGGUUGGCGUUCCUCGCGGGGAAGAUGGGAGGCACGAUGUUGCAGAUCACCCUCAGCUCCUUCGGCAUGACAGGCGGGCCCCUCCUCGGCCUGUUUGUCCUCGCCAUCUUCGUCCCUUCGCCACAACACCGGGUGCUGUAGCCGCUCUGUUAUCGGGCCUUGUGUUCAGCUUCUGGGUCGUGAUAGGCGCAACUGUCAACGGAUCUCGACCACAAAUCCUUAACAUCACCACCGACAACUGUGACGUCAUGACGGCCGAUAACGCUAC